AUGGAGAACACCGAACCGUUUGGAGCUCACGAAGAGGUAGGAGUGUCAUAUGAUUGUUUAUUACGUAUUUUAGUCGUUUUUCUGGUCAAGAGUUUUGUGCAUACUGAGUUAGUUAAGGUUAAGAUGGUAUUUAUUCAAAAUCUUUAAGUUUUAGGUAAUAAAACUAAUUCUAUUGAUUUUCAGACCACGUUUAUCAUCUGCGAAGUCCAUGCGGAUGUUGUCAACUCGAACACAGGCCAAAGUGGCAAAGUUAAUGGCGUUUUGUCAGUUGUGGAAAAGGUAAACAUUUAUUUAUUGAUUUCUUUUAUGUUUAGGUACAUUUCUUCCUUGCACUUUUAUUCAUCGACGAAACGAUGAAUCAGCUUUUUGUUAUGAUAGUGUAAACAUUACAAUUUCAUAAUAACUAUUGAUUUAAACCGUUUUAUUCAAGUGAAAUAAGGAAAAGCAAAGAACGGCUUGGAAAAUCACAAUAGCAGAAAAAACCUGUCUGAACACUAAAAUAAUCAUUUUAAAAAAUUAAAAUUAAACUUUUAGCCUCACGGAAUUUAUAUAGAAUGGAAGCCGGCCGAAAUCCCAGCUCCAGAAGACGAGAUUGAUCAAAGUUGGGUAAUUGAAGGAAGAAACAGUAAUCCACCUUCGCCAUCCGGUCGAUCUUUGGGCUUAAGCUACAAUGCUUUACUCUUUUCGACCGAUGUCAAGGAUUUACGUUCAUUCAAGUUUGGAGAACCUGCUCAAGGUAAUAUUAUAGUAUAUUGUCUGUUAAAUUCAAGGUUUUAGUACUAUUUAUGAUAUUGUUGUAAUUUAGUUGUUUAGUUACCUUGUUUUCUAAGUAAUGAUGAUAUUUUAGGUAAUCCAUGGGUUCAAUUUAUCUGCAAAGACGGCUCAGUUUCUCAUGUUCUUCAUUUUGAAAUUGGAGGAUACACUGACUUUGUUACCCAUCUUCAGAAGUAUAUUACACUAACCAGAAGCUCGAAGGAAAAGAAUCUUGUCGUUGUGGUUGAUCCAAGAGCUGAUGCUUUGGAGAAAUCUGUUGGCAUGUUGAAUAUUGACAGAGAUAUUGUAUCAGUAAGUUUUUGAUAUUGUUUUUGGUUUUUAGGUAACAAAAGGCUUUUGUUUCGAAUUUUGUGCUACAAAACUUAUUGGUUUUAUGUUUUUGGGUGAUAACACCGAUUUUUAAGUUGAUUUUAAAGAAAAAAAGCUUAAUAUUUUGAUUUUUAGAUCAGUUAAAGAUAAAAUUGUUUUAGAGAUUCAUUUCCAACCCAUAUGCUACAUCAAUGACAGCUUUGAGCAAGGUUACUUCUUUCAUGGCUCCAUUAUUGGAUCCAGAUGCGGUUAUCAAUGAACAUCAAAUCAAAGCUUUACAUCAAUUCGAUCCUUCGACUGAAGAGAUGAACAAGCUGAGGUGAGUUUUGAUUUUUUUAAAUUUUGUAAGAAAAAAAUAAAAAAUUAGUUAAAAAAUUUAGUUUUAAGCAAAUUUAAUACUUUUUUGAUAUAAAAGUGAUUAAAUUGAAAAUAUUGAUAAAUAUGGUUUUGAAGAGCUUAUAUUAUUAUUUUUCAGAGUCCACAACGAAGCCGGAUUCGAGCACAUUUUUAAACUCGAACUUCCGGAUCGACCGAAUAUUCCGUCCAGAGAUCAACCAGUUAACACCCAAACCUUUGACCGAUUCAAAGCUUCAGAUGGACGAAUUCUGGAUGUGCAUCAACUGAAAAGUCUUGUAUUCAGAGGCGGACUAGAGGAUGAGGUACGCCAGGUCUUGUGGAAGUACCUAUUGGACUACUGGAAGUGGGACUUGAGUGUAGAAGAGAACAAACAAAGGGCUGAGAAGCUGAAGGAUGAUUACUAUCGAAUGAAGCUGCAAUGGAUGAGCAUUAACGAGGACCAGGAGAAUCGAUUCGCUGAAUUUAGGGAUAGAAAGGCUUUGAUUGGUAAGGUUCUUUGCUUGAUUUUUGCUUUUUUUGGAAUUUGAUUGCAAAAUUUGAUAAUUUAGACUUAAAAAUUUUCUAAAAAAUUAAAAAGCAAAUUUCUGACUAUAUUAAUUAUGUUUCAGACAAAGACGUAGCCCGAACUGACCGUUCUCAUCCGUUUUUCAAGAACAAGGACAAUUUGGCCAUACUAAAAGACAUCCUCAUGACAUAUGUAAUGUACGACUUUGAUCUAGGUUAUGUGCAAGGAAUGUCUGAUUAUCUAUCGCCUUUAUUGGUGGUAAUGGAGAACGAGUACGAUGCCUUCUGGACAUUUGUCGGCUUGAUGAAAAGAGUUCACAAAAACUUCGAAAUGGAUCAGUUAGCCAUUAAGAAGCAGCUUGCUGACCUGAGAGCUAUUUUGGAAAUUGUCAAUCCUAAAUUGACGAAUUAUCUAGGUAUGGUAAAAUACGAUGUGUAGAAUAUUAUGUUCAAGUUUGAAUUCUAACAAAAUUUAAAACAAAUUUUUAAGCGCGAAUUUAAUGAAAAUUUGUUUUUUUGUUUAAAACGUUUCAUUUUGAGUAUAAAAGGUCAUUUUAAAUUAAAAAGCAUCAUUAUAGAAGGCCACGACUCCGACCACAUGUACUUCUGUUUCCGUUGGAUUCUGGUAGCAUUCAAGCGGGAAUUUGGUUUUGAUGACAUUAUGACUUUGUGGGAAGUCUUAUGGUCAGACAUACCAUGCAAAAACUUCUUACUCUUGAUCUGUGCAGCUAUCUUGGACGGAGAAGAGAAUAUGAUCAUUGUCAACAAGUUUGGACUUACUGAGAUUCUAAAGGUAAAAUACGGGGGUAUUUCCUAUUAUGUAGUUAUUUUUUUGAAAAAGACUUUGAGAAGGGCAUGAAAAACGUAUUUAUGUGGUUAGAAUGAUGACUUUUGGACUUAUUUUGACGUUUUGUUACCUAAAAUACUAUUUUCUGGAUGUUUAAACAAAAUUUUUUGAAGUUUUUUUAAAGUUUUGACUUUUUUAAAUAUUGGGUUGUUUAAAUAAUUCUGUGCUCUUUAACCCCGAAAAGUUGCUUUGAGAGGAGGCACAUAAUUAUUUGAACAACUUUUGUGCAAUUCCUGAAUGUCAUUAUUAAUCAUGUUUUUUAGCACGUGAACAAUAUGUCAAUGAAGUUGGACUUGAGCAAGGUUUUGCGCGAUGCUGAAGCUAUUUUUCACCAAUUGGCGGCGGUUCAAGACAAGCUACCACGACACAUUUGCGAGAUUCUUGGCUUCGGAUUCGACGAAAGCACUCAGAAACCAGAAGUUUAA